AAGGUUAUAUUGGUAAUUUUAGCAUCUGCAACUUAUUUUAGACACCCUCCACAUAUCUCUCCACAUGCCUCAAUACAUGCUUUGACUUCAAUCUUGACGAUAUUCACUUCCACCGCGUAAUGGGUAAUUGCAACGGCGUCCCGGCUCCCGGCAACGGCGGCGCCACCACCACCACCACGUCCAACUCAACUGCCCCACCAUCUCAGCAACAAUCUCCACCCAAGGGACUCACUAUCCUUCCUGCAUCGGAUCCGGCACCUCCUCGCCAACCGCUGCCGGCCUCCGUCGGCCGUGUCCUCGGGCGGCCAAUGGAAGAUGUUCGUGCAACCUUCACAAUCGGUAAAGAGCUCGGCCGCGGCCAAUUUGGCGUGACGUAUCUUGUCACUCAUAAAACCACGCACCAACAGUUCGCUUGCAAGUCGAUCGCGAUGCGGAAGCUGAUCAACAAGGACGACAUCGACGAUGUCCGGCGAGAGGUUCAGAUCAUGCAUCACCUCACCGGACACCGUAACAUUGUCGAGCUCCAUGGCGCCUACGAGGAUCGGCACUCUGUUAACCUAAUCAUGGAGUUGUGCGCCGGCGGGGAGCUAUUUGAUCGGAUUAUAGCCAAGGGACAUUAUUCAGAGCGUGCGGCAGCUGGGCUCUGCCGGCAGAUGGUGACGGUGGUGCAUGAUUGUCAUACGAUGGGAGUGUUCCAUAGAGACUUAAAACCUGAGAACUUUUUGUUCUUGAGUACCGAUGAAGACUCGCCAUUGAAAGCUACUGACUUUGGUCUCUCGGUGUUUUUCAAACCAGGAGAUGUAUUCAGAGACCUUGUUGGAAGUGCAUAUUAUGUGGCUCCUGAAGUCUUGCGUAGACAUUAUGGUGCUGAGGCAGAUAUCUGGAGUGCUGGUGUAAUUCUUUAUAUUUUACUUAGUGGUGUCCCACCAUUUUGGGGAGAAACUGAGCAAAGCAUCUUUGAUGCUGUUCUACGUGGGAAUCUUGAUUUUGUAUCUGAUCCAUGGCCAAGCAUAUCAAGUAGUGCAAAAGAUCUUGUGAAAAAGAUGCUAAAAUCUGAUCCUAAAGAAAGACUUACAGCAGUUGAAGUCCUAAAUCACCCAUGGAUGAGAGAAGAUGGUGAUGCAUCAGAUAAGCCAAUUGACAUUGCUGUCCUUACAAGAAUGAAACAAUUCCGUGCCAUGAAUAAAUUAAAAAAAGUGGCUCUGAAAGUAAUUGCAGAAAAUCUUUCAGAAGAAGAGAUUAUUGGAUUGAAGGAGAUGUUCAAAUCCAUGGACACUGAUAAUAGUGGCACAAUCACUUUUGAAGAACUCAAAGCAGGUCUUCCUAAACUUGGCACCAAGCUUUCUGAAUCAGAAGUCAGGCAGUUAAUGGAAGCGGCUGAUGUGGAUGGAAAUGGGACGAUUGAUUAUAUUGAGUUUAUUUCUGCUACAAUGCAUUUGAAUCGUGUGGAAAGGGAAGAUCAUUUGUAUAAAGCUUUUGAGUACUUUGAUAAGGAUAAGAGUGGAUAUAUAACAGUGGAAGAAUUGGAGCAUGCUUUGAAGAAGUACAAUAUGGGAGAUGAGAAAACAAUAAAGGAGAUUAUUGCUGAAGUUGACACAGAUAAUGAUGGGCGGAUAAAUUAUGAUGAAUUUGCAGCCAUGAUGAGAAAAGGCAGCCCAGAAAUGGUGACCACUAGACGUCGAAAAUGAUAAUUUUCAGAGUUUGUUUUUUCAUUUAUUUUCACAAUUUGUUUUUUCAUUAUUUUAAAGCUGGUUGAUUAAAUAUUUAACUAUAGCAGCCUUUUGAGUUUUUAUUAUGAGGGUUAUUUAUUUGUUUUCCCAGAAGCAACUAAAUGGGGUUUGUUAUAGAUAUUUAUAAAUUAUAAUGUACCAA